AACUUCCGGUCUCUGCGGGUGCCGCCCCGCCUUCGCCCAGUCGUCAUUUCCGGUGGGCCUUAGUCGCGGACAGGGAAGAUGGCGGCGCUGGGAGAACCUGUGCGGCUGGAGAGGGAUAUCUGCAGAGCUAUCGAGCUGCUGGAGAAGCUGCAGCGCAGCGGGGAGGUGCCACCACAGAAGCUGCAGGCACUGCAAAGGGUCCUGCAGAGCGAGUUCUGCAGCGCCGUGCGUGAGGUGUACGAGCACGUGUACGAGACGGUAGACAUCAGCAGCAGCCCCGAGGUUCGAGCCAAUGCCACCGCCAAGGCGACCGUGGCUGCCUUUGCGGCCAGCGAGGGUCAUUCGCACCCUCGCGUGGUGGAGCUGCCAAAGACGGAGGAGGGGCUUGGCUUCAACAUCAUGGGGGGCAAGGAGCAGAACUCGCCCAUCUACAUCUCCCGGAUCAUCCCAGGUGGGAUCGCUGACCGCCACGGGGGCCUCAAGCGGGGAGACCAGCUGCUCUCUGUGAACGGAGUGAGCGUUGAGGGCGAGCACCACGAGAAGGCUGUGGAGCUGCUGAAGGCCGCCCAGGGCAAGGUGAAGCUGGUGGUGCGCUACACGCCCAAGGUGCUGGAGGAGAUGGAGUCGCGCUUCGAGAAGAUGCGGUCGGCCAAGCGCAGGCAGCAGACCUAGUGCCCGGCCCGGCCCGGCCCAGCCCACGGUGUUGCCCCGUUGCAGCCAGGCCGGCCACAGUGAGAAGCCAGCGGACUCCACAGCCUCCUCCCAUUUUAUAGACACCUAUUUCCACCUCACGUGUGGGUCCCAAGAUGCACACGCUUUGUGACAAGGAAAAGUCCGUGGGGACGAGGACAGUUCCGUCCUGCUGUUUUUACAGGCCUUUUUCAGACACAGAUUUUUGUCAUAAAGUUGUUAUAGAUUUUUAAAACUGCUUUUUAAAUAUUAAGAUGUACUUUUACAUUCUUAAUCUUUUUUUAAAAAACAGCUCUCAUUUGGCUACUUAUUAAAGUAACACUUUUCCAAUUUUUUUUUUCUUUUUUUAAUUUAUUUUUUUUAACCUGUGAAAUUUCUUUCCAGUUUUCCAAGCAGUUACACGUAGUAGCCUCGCCCCUGGGGCUCAGUAACAGUCAGCCUUGGCACCAUCACUGGGCUACGUUCCGUGCUGUGAGUGUUCACAUCACACAGGGCAGCGCUCGUGCAGCCGAGGUUUUUACUCUUGACCAUAACGUGCGUAGCCACACAUUCAGACUGAUUUUUAAGCGUGCAUUUUCAGACACUGCAGUGGUCCUUGCUGGAACGUGCACCCUCCGUGGUGAGCAGCACGGCCUUAGCUGUGGCUGGGCGCUCCCUGCUCAUGGGUGCAGCCCUGUGCACCUUCAGCCCCGACUGAGAGCCCCAAAGGCUGGUGCUGGCAGAGCUCUGGGGUCGCCCUUCUGCAGGCAUGUGCGUCUGCCUGGCCUGGAUGCCAGCCCUGGCCAGGAAGGGCCAAGACAGAGAAGCAGCCACACCACCUCUGGCCCCUCCAGCCUCAGUCUCUGCAUCCUCCAGAGCCCACAGAGAGUGUCGUAAGCGGGAAGAAGGGGACGGUGCCUAGGUAAGUGUGAGGAUGCGGCCACAGGCCUCGACAGACUUGGGCUGAGCUGGGCCUAGUGACCCUGGUCCACUGGGGGUCGCUCUUCCACUGGGGACGGUUGCUCGGCCCAGUGGUGUCCAGUGCCACAUGGAGAGAGCCCAUGUCCCUUCCCCUCCCAGCCGGCAGGACACUGGUGCUGUGGGGCAGGCUGAUGACAGACACUGGAAGGCAGGCAGAGCAGUGAAAAAUACUAGAAUUUGGUGUAAUUACCCAUCCUGUGUUUAAAAAAAAGCGGGCAUUCUGUAACAUUCCUUCAGGAAGAAUGGAAAUGUACCCCUUUUUCUGCAUGUUUGUGAGCACUGAGUCUUAAAAGCUUAUUCCGGUUUUCAGAGAUGUUUUGGAAUAAAAGCAUUAUUUAUCGUUUAGGUAUUGACACUGGACUGCAUGGUUGAAUGUGUCUUUAGUCUGCUAUGCAAUGUGCUUGUUGUAAAUGGGAUCCUGUUGUUUGAUUGUGUAUCUUCAGAAUUAAUUGCUGUGCUGUUCAAAUAUAGAGACCAAAGUAGCAUAGAGGAAUUAUGGACCUAAUUUAAUUGUAAAGUUCCUAGAGGUAUCUGUUGUAGAGCUCUCUAUAUUAAAGAGGUAUCGGUGCACAUGAAA